AUGGUGAAGCAAACGAUCCAGAUCUUCGCGAGGGUGAAACCCACCAGCCGGAAACAGCCUCAAGGGAUUUAUUCCGUAGAUGAAGAUGAAAAAGCAAUAUCUGCAUUGGAAAUAAUCUUACCACGUGACUUAGCAGAUGGAUUUGUGAAUAAUAAGAGAGAAAGCUACAAAUUUAAAUUUCAGAGGAUUUUUGAUCAGGAGUCAAAACAAGAUUCCAUUUUUGACAUAAUCGCUAAACCUGUUGCUGAAAGUGUUCUGGCUGGUUAUAAUGGCACUAUCUUUGCAUAUGGGCAAACGGGCAGUGGCAAGACUUUCACUAUCACUGGAGGAGCUGAACGUUACAGUGAUAGAGGCAUCAUUCCAAGGACUCUAUCAUACAUUUUUGAGCAAUUACAAAAGGACAGCAGAAAGAUGUAUACAACCCACAUUUCCUAUUUGGAAAUCUACAAUGAAUGUGGUUAUGAUCUGUUGGAUCCAAGACAUGAAGCCUCCAGUUUAGAAGAUUUACCGAAGGUGACAAUAUUGGAGGACCCUGAUCAGAACAUUCAUCUGAAAAAUCUAUCUCUUCAGCAGGCAUCCACUGAAGAAGAAGCUUUGAAUCUUCUCUUCUUGGGAGAUACAAACAGAAUGAUUGCAGAGACUCCUAUGAACCAGGCUUCUACUCGUUCCCACUGCAUUUUCACUGUUCAUAUCUCAAGCAAGGAACCAGGGUCUGCCACUGUCCGUCGUGCCAAACUCCAUUUGGUUGACCUGGCUGGUUCAGAGCGGGUUGCAAAGACUGGAGUUGGAGGCCAGCUUCUGACAGAAGCCAAAUAUAUCAACCUUUCGCUUCACUACUUAGAACAGGUUAUAAUUGCCCUUGCAGAGAAACACCGGUCCCAUAUUCCCUAUAGGAACUCCAUGAUGACCAGUGUACUGAGGGACAGCUUGGGAGGAAACUGCAUGACCACCAUGAUUGCUACGCUGUCAUUAGAAAAAAGGAACAUAGAUGAAUCUAUAUCAACUUGCAGGUUUGCCCAGCGAGUGGCCCUCAUAAAGAAUGAAGCUGUUCUCAAUGAAGAGAUUGACCCCAGGCUGAUUAUUGUGCGUUUGAAAAAGGAAAUCCAGGAAUUGAAGGAUGAACUGGCCAUUGUCACUGGAGAGCAGAGAACACAACAGCUCACAAAAUCGGAGCUCAAAAGCCUGGAGGAACAAAUUACAUCUUUUUUGGAAGACCAAGAUCCAGAGAGCAGGCUAGAGUUGGGAUCGGACAUGCGUAAAAUCCAUCACUGCUUCAAUUUUUUAAAGAAACUAUUGAGUGAAAGAAAGAUUCCUGAAAAACAUGAAUCCUCCCAUGAAACCAAAGACCAAGAAGGUGAAAUGCCAUUAAAGGAGGAAGAAUAUAAAAAACUGCGCGAUAUCCUGAGGCAGCGAGACAACGAAAUUAGUAUCCUUUCUCAAAUCCCAGGAAAGCCUCCCCUCCUUUGGAUAGAAAGAGGGAGGAAAGAAGAGAUGUCACUGGGACGCCAGGAAGCUUUUGAAAUUUUUAAACGGGAUCAUUCUGAUAGUGUUACAAUCGAAGACAACAAACAGAUUUUAAAGCAAAGAUUUUCUGAAGCAAAGGCCUUAGGAGAAAAUAUUAAUGAAGUAAGAAGUAAAAUUGGCCAUCUGAAAGAAGAAAUAAACCAACGGCAGAUGCAACGAGUUGCUUUAAGUGUUACAGAAAAUGUAGUAGAAAACCAGGAAUUAGACCCAGUGGAAGAGAAAUUGCGCUCACAAAUGGAGGAGGAAAAAAAGAGCUACAAAAAUAUGUUUACUCGUCUGAAAGGCCUGAAGGUUGAAAUCGAGCACCUGCAGCUGCUAAUGGAGAAAGCCAAAGUGAAACUGAAAAAGGAGUUUGAAGUUUGGUGGAUAGAGGAAGCAGCGAAUCUGCAGAAAAAAUCCUUGCCAGAAAAUUCUCCCCAGACGCCAGAAUCUCAUCAACAACCAUCGCAGUCGCAGUCACAUCUCUCCAAUAAAAGUAACCUGAUUUCCAAGAAAAGUCCACCACCUUCUCCCCUUCCAUCAAAAAAUAAUGAGAGUAGGUCCGAAACUCCUGAUACAGAAGAAAGUGACAUGACUCUCAAGGAUAAAGUGCCCUUCGCUCCCCCUCCUUCAAGAAACCUGGAGAACCCACCGAACAACGGGGAAGAAAGGUUCUUAGGAAGGCCUUCUUCAUCCAUCCCUUUCACUGGAGACAGACAGACAGACACCGAUAUCCUGGCAUUUGUCAAGGCCAGGCAAAACUUACUGCAGAAAAAAGCUGGCAUGCCUAAGGGGACAGCAGUCAUGGGCCUCUAUCAGCACAUGGCAGAUGGUAUGAGGGCCAUCACCAAGCAGUGUUUCAUUAGCAGCCCACUUAUCAAGCCAACCUGUCAGGCAAACACCCAGGCUGGGGCCCCAGCCACCUUCCCCUCGCCAAAGCAAACAACCCCUACACUCUCUUUGUUCAUAAUUUAG